UCUCUGUACAGCAAGAUAGUGAAUGCUUUACUUAUAACAAACUGUUCAAACAUUUUCGACCAAAAGGCGUCGGUUUCGUUUCAUCUGCAGCAGUUUCUUAAACGAGAACUAAAUGUUAAUAAUUUCCAUCCAAAAUUUGUUAGAGACUCCAUCAAGAUGGCUGAAUAAUUCAAGUAAUUCGUUCGCCUUUCCUAUCAAUCCGUCGAAGUCGUCAGCAAAUUUGACAUUUGCGAUGUGCUCAGCUGGUCUUCAAAAGCAUCGUUCAAAUACCUGAAGGCAAUUAUUAAUGACAAAGGAUCAAGAUCAGAAAUUCUUGCAAGAACCACAUAAACAAUGAAUAAUUGCGGUAGUCAAACUCGAGUUAAUAUAAAGAGAUAGAACCAUCAGCACGAAGAGUAAAAUCAGACUCCUACGUGCUUUAGUAACGACAUUCAUCUUUAUGUACGCGAGACAUGGAAUCUCAUAAUCUCAUUGCGGAAAUAUAGGAAAAGAUACGGUCAUUGAAAAUGAGAUGUCAUCACAUCUUAGGCAGGUCCACGUGGCCAUCCAGCGACACAUCGCUCUAACUCCCGUGAACAAAUUUGAUAUAAAAGUAUGGCUAAGAAAACCCUGUGGCCUAACAAAGAUUUUUCUUCAAGUAAGCGUGGAGGAGCAAAAGAGAUGACAGCUAUCGGAAAAGAUGGACGUGCAAUGUCAAGGAAUAGAAAGGCGAAUCAUUUGCGGAGGCUAGUAUUCUUUUGUGAAAGAUGAAGAAACUAGGAAACAGUAUGUUUCAGCGGCAGCUCGACGAUUUCAUGGAAGUUCAGAGAAAAGUCAAAUAGAACCAUACCAAGCUAAAUGGUAAUGAGAUUGAGACGACAAAAUUAUCAGAAAUACAAAGUUUUACAGAUGCGUGGGAGAUUCUAAAUUACAAAGGAAGAGGGUAAAAGAUCGUUGGGUGUUGAAACGUUUUUAUAUACCACUCUUUUGGUGCGGAAAAAAUAAAAUAAAAAGUAAAACAAAAACAAAAUAAAAAACUGAUUAUAAGAGACACAAUUUCAUUGAAUCUUCAAUAGGCUGUGUAAAAAAAAAUAAAAUAAAGAUACGCAUGCACAGACACACACACACAUUUACAAACUACAUACACGCUGGAGGGGGAUUGAAGGGAAGAUGUUGCUAUGGUGAUUGUAAUACAUGCUGCCAUCGCUAUUUGGACAAAGAUUGAUAACGACAAGAAUAACUGCAACAGUAUAAUCUUCAACGCCAUCGUGAACGUCAUCAAUAACAAUAAUAACAGUGCUUGUCAGCCCUUACAAAGCUUUUAGACAUGGGUAAGAUACUUCUACGCCGGCCACGUCUCUCAACUCGGACACCUUUAAUAGUUUUUAUGAAGAAACAAGCUGUAGAAACCAAUGAGAAAGAAUUGUCCAUCUCUGGUGGGAAAAGCAGCAAACAGCAUAACUUCUACAGUUCUGAAAGUGAAGCCGAUGAUAAAAAGCAAAGCCAACAUUCAACCAAAUCUACGUUCCAGUCUUCUGAUAGCAGUUCUGGUGAUAAAACGCAAAGCCCACCGUUGAACAAAUCUCUUUCCCAUCCUUCAGAUAGUGAUUGGGAUGAUAAAAUACAAAACCAUCUAGUACGCAGACUGCACCCAUCACUUGCUUCUGGCAGCGAAACUGGUGAUGAUGUCCAAUACCAACAAGUAGCCAUAAAAGAAGCCAAAUUAGUGCUAAAUGAGUUUGUUGGCAACAACAAGAAAGAACUGAGAGAAUACUCCAGUAGUGAAGCUAGCAAUUCUAGACAGCUUCCUACUCCAUGUUCUCGUAGAUUAACAUCAAAGAAAUCUACACUAGCAAAAUUACAUGAAGAAGAAAGUGAAAUAUUUGAAGCUGUUGCUCCUGGUGUGAACGCACUUAUUUUACAAACAUCAAAAAUGUCACAUGUACCAGUUGAAAAAGCGCAGUCUAUUGUCUAUUCUAGAAAAACUUAUACAGAAAUUACCCAGCUCCUAGCUGAGAAAUUCAUGACCAAUUCUUUAUAUCGGGAUAAACUUAAAACUAUUCGAAUCCCAACUGAAGAUCUUGGUGAAUAUCGCAGACGUGUACCACAGAGACAGCUGAUUAUUGAAGUAGCGGCAAUUCUUAAAGAGCACAUUAAAGAAACUAUGAAUAUAAAUGUUCAGACUGUUAUUCAAUCGGUGCCUAAAUACCAGUUUAGUUCAAAGGGCAAACCAUCAACUGAAAUUGUCCUUUAUCGUCAGGCUGAAAAUGAAGCAAAGAAAUGUGAAAAAUCUUCUACUGAUGGUUAUAUUUCAGCAGGUGAAGUAAAAUACUUUCAAGGAUCAGUUCGGACUCCCACACCAUUUACUGGGCCUUAUGAAAAUCUGGUGUUUCCAGAAGAUCUGUCUCUGUUAGACUGCAUGCUGUGUGGAGGGAAAUUCCUCAAUCUAAAGGCCCAUUUCAUAUGCACACUUUCCAACAUUAAUUAUCUGAGAGACACCUUAACCAGUAUCAACCUUUCUUUCAAUCAUUUCACAACAUUACCUGAUACCUUACUGGAAAUGAGGAAUUUGGAGAUUUUGAAACUUCGUGAUAAUCCACUCUGUAACAUUCCUCCUGGCAUCAAGAAAUUGAGGGGACACCUGCAUACACUUAUCUUAUCAUUUUGUCUCCUUUCAGAGCUUCCAUCAGAGUUUUCACUGCUGACUGAAUUAAAACACCUGGAUUUAUCAUAUAAUUUAUUUUCAAGCUUGCCAGAUGAAUUUUCAAAUCUCAGGUCUCUUGAAGAGUUAAGCGUAGAAGGUAACAAGCUUUCCAUGUUGCCCUCCGGACUGUUGCAACUGGAUCUGCAAUCUUUCAAUGCAUCCAAUAAUUUUUUGCAUCCAAUUUUCUGGCCGGAGACAAUUAAAGCAUUCAAAGAAGACUUUAAGAAAUCUCAUAAAGAUACUAGUUAUCUUCUACCAAAACCUGAUAAUGAGGAAAUAGUAUUUCCAUGUUAUGGCAUUGAUGAUUAUGAAACAUGGGGAGAGCUUUUAGCUACCUGCGAUUACUGCGAUAAACGGUUCGUGCACAAGGAUGGUCUCCCUGCCAUCAGAAUAUGCAAAAGGGUGUUCGGAAUUCAGACUGUUCUGGUGUUGUUUAUCACGUGUUCAGAGAGAUGCAGAAGGGACAUUUAAAGACAAAUUGACGAACGAUUGUGCAAGCUUCCAAUAAAUUCUUUGGCCAAUGUA